AUGGAGCAGCCGGGGUGUAAGCGAGCGGGGGGUGAGCAGAGCUGGUGGGGCAGUGCCCCCCAGUACCAGUACAUGCCCUUUGAGCACUGCACCAGCUAUGGGCUGCCCUCCGAAAAUGGGGGCCUGCAGCACCGGCUGCGGAGGGACGCCGGCCCCCGGCCCAGCGCCCACCCCACACAGAUCUAUGGCCGCCACCAAAGAGAGUUCUCCGAGAAGGAGCCAGACACGGGGGCUCCCCGGUGGAUGGGCUCCAGCACCACUGUGGACAGCAAGGACGCCGCUGCCCGAUUCCUUGCUCUAGGGUGUCUCCACCGCCUGGGCCGCGUGGUGAGAAGGAAGCUGGGGGAAGACUGGAUCUUCCUGGUCCUGCUGGGCCUGCUCAUGGCCCUGGUCAGCUGGAGCAUGGACUACGUCAGCGCCAAGAGCCUGCAGGCCUACAAGUGGGCCUACUUCCAGGUGCAGCCCAGCCUCCCUCUGCAGUACCUGGCCUGGGUCGCCGUCCCGCUCACCCUCAUCCUCUUCAGCGCACUCUUCUGCCACCUCAUCUCCCCCCAGGCUGUCGGCUCUGGCAUUCCUGAGAUGAAGACCAUUCUCCGUGGUGUCGUCCUGAAGGAGUACCUCACCGUCAAGGCCUUCGUGGCCAAGGUGGUGGCGCUGACAGCCGGGCUGGGCAGCGGCAUCCCCGUGGGCAAAGAGGGCCCCUUUGUGCACAUCGCCAGUAUCUGUGCUGCUGUCCUCAGCAAGUUCAUGUCCGUGUUCUGUGGGGUGUAUGAGCAGCCCUACUAUUACACAGACAUCCUGACCGUCGGCUGUGCGGUGGGAGUUGGCUGUUGCUUUGGGACUCCACUUGGAGGGGUGCUGUUCAGCAUCGAGGUCACCUCCACCUACUUUGCCGUACGCAACUACUGGCGAGGGUUCUUUGCGGCCACCUUCAGCGCCUUUGUCUUCCGUGUGCUGGCCGUGUGGAACAAGGAUGCUGUCACCAUCACUGCGCUCUUCAGAACCAACUUCCGCAUGGACUUCCCCUUCGACCUGCAGGAGCUCCCGGCCUUUGCUGUCAUCGGGAUCUGCUGUGGAUUCUUGGGGGCCGUGUUUGUGUACCUGCACCGCCAGGUCAUGCUGGGGGUCCGCAAGAACAAGAUCCUGAGCCAGUUUCUGGCCAAGCACCGCCUGCUGUAUCCUGGCAUCGUCACCUUUGUCAUCGCCUCCUUCACCUUUCCCCCAGGCCUGGGCCAGUUCAUGGCUGGAGAGCUGAUGCCUCGGGAAGCCAUCAGUACCCUGUUUGACAACAACACAUGGGUCAAGCACACUGGGGACCCUGAGACCCUUGGCCAGUCUGCCGUGUGGAUCCACCCGCAGGUCAACGUGGUCAUCAUCAUCCUCCUCUUCUUCAUCAUGAAGUUCUGGAUGUCCAUCGUGGCCACCACCAUGCCCAUUCCCUGCGGAGGCUUCAUGCCUGUGUUUGUGCUCGGAGCUGCCUUCGGAAGGCUGGUGGGGGAGCUGAUGGCCAUGCUGUUUCCUGAUGGGAUCUUAUUUGAUGGCAUCAUCUACAAGAUCCUCCCUGGGGGCUACGCGGUGAUUGGAGCAGCUGCGCUGACAGGUGCCGUGUCCCACACCGUCUCCACGGCCGUGAUCUGCUUUGAGCUGACGGGUCAGAUUGCUCACAUCCUGCCCAUGAUGGUGGCCGUUAUCUUGGCCAACAUGGUGGCACAGAGCCUGCAGCCAUCCCUCUAUGACAGCAUUAUCCAGGUCAAGAAGCUGCCCUACUUACCAGACCUGGGUUGGAACCAGCUCAGCAAAUUUACAAUCUUUGUGGAGGACAUCAUGGUGCGUGACGUGAAGUUUGUUUCAGCUUCUUGUACUUACGGGGAGUUACAAGCCCUGCUGCAGACAACCACCGUCAAGACCUUACCUCUAGUGGAUUCAAAAGAGUCCAUGAUCCUGCUGGGCUCCGUGGAGCGGUCGGAGCUGCAGGCCCUGCUGCAGCAACACUUGAGUGCCGAGCGGCGGCUGCGGGCCACCCAGGACAUGGCCCGGAAGCUGUCGGAGCUGCCCUACGACGGGAGGGCGGCCCUGGGGGGCCCCGAGUCCUUCAUCUUCGUGGACGAGGACGAAGAUGAGGACCUGCCUGGGAGGGUGGAGCCGCCCCCUCCUCCUCCUCCUCGCACCUUCCCUGUGGCCACACCGUCCCCUGAGGAGCCCAAUGGGCCCUUGCCCAGCUACAAGCAGCAGCCAGAGGCCCCGGAGCCUGCAGAGAGACGGCCGUCCAUCUUCUGGGCCCUGUUCAGCUGCAUGCUGGGCCGCGCCCGCCCCUCGAAGAAGAAAGCUGUCCAGGACUCAGCGGACUUGGUGGAUAACAUGUCCCCGGAAGAGGUGGCGGCCUGGGAGCAGGAGCAGCUGGGCCAGCCCGUGUGCUUCGACCACUGCUGCAUCGACCAGUCUCCGUUCCAGCUGGUGGAGCAGACCACCCUGCACAAGACACACACGCUCUUCUCUCUCCUGGGCCUGCACCUGGCUUACGUGACCAGCAUGGGCAAGCUCAGGGGCGUGCUGGCGCUGGAGGAGCUACAAAAGGCCAUCGAGGGCCACACCAAGUCUGGGGUGCAGCUCCGUCCCCCCCUCGCCAGCUUCCGGAACACCACCUCCAGUCGCAAGACUGCUGGGGGGCCGCCCCCUCCUGCAGACGGCUGGAUCCUGCCUGAGAGUGGACCUGGGGCUCUGGGGGGCCCUGCCCUCUCAGAGUCGCCGGCACCCUCGCCCUCCCCGGAGCCCCCGCCCAGCCCAACCCCACAGGGCGAGGGGGGGCUGGAGGAGCUGGAGCUGGAGGAGGGCCCAGGGCCUGAGGAGGGGCUGGCCGACAUCCUGCAGGGGCCCAGCCUGCGGUCCACGGAUGCAGAAGAUGAGGACGAGGAGCUCAUGCUCUGA